AUGUCAACCACCACCACCAUACGUUUUGUCCGGUCGCUCGCCCCGUGUCUAGCCAGCCCUCGGGGACCCUCCGCCUCAUUUCAAGGGACUCGGUUUUUACAUACAACAACUCUAAGACGAAACAGUGCCCUAACAAAUAUUCUGGGCGAUGGUCCUGCUCCGGCUGUGCAGGUAAAGAGUGCAGGAGAGACGGGGAUUGAACUGGCCGAUGGUCUGAUACUUCCGGGCGCAUGCAUCUUUCUCGCUGGUCGGGUGUUUUUAUGGGAUGUCCCGACACCAAAUGACCGAUGGAGCAACUGGAAACUCGAACAUUUUGAGAUAUUCGACGUGAUAGUCCCUAAGCCAGAAUUACUACUACUGGGCACAGGCAAGUCGGCCAUGCUGCUUCCACCGAAAUUCCGAGAAUACCUGAGCAAGGCAGGCGUGCAAAUUGAUACUAUGGAUACGCGAAAUGCUUGUUCGACAUAUAAUCUCCUCGCGGAAGAGGGUCGCCGAGUGGCUGCCGCUCUAUUGCCGAUUCACCCUCGUUCAUGGGAAAGAAAAUAG